AGCUUCCAAGUCAAGACGAAAUCAGUGGCAAUUCCUUUGCAUUCGCAGAGAGUCAAGCGAUAUUCCUAGAAAAUGUCGAGCAUACGCGUAAUAUUGUUGUUGAUUUUUGCUUAUAUUUUGUUGGGCCACGGCAACCGGCUAGCCGAUAACCCAGAGUUUUGUGUCGUUUCAAGUGAGCUCGAAGAAGAAUGUGGUUCCGUUUGCUAUCCCAUUGUCAAGCCCCUGCUGCGGUAUUUGGCAGUGUGCCAACAGAAGGAUCUACAAAUCACACAACUACAGGAGCGAGUCCUGGAACAGCAGCUCGAAAUUAUCAAUGGGAAGAGCCAAGCGGAUAUGCUGAAUUCAUUAAAUAAACAGCUGACGGAGCAGCAGAGCACUUGCGGCUUGAAUUCUGCACUGCAAAGUGCCAUCAAUGAGUUGAAUAUUGCAAAGGAAAAUGUAGAAAUGAAAGCCACAAUUGUUCACAAGGAUGAAAUCAUUGUGAAGGUGCAACAGCAAACCAUGGAAAUUAUCACUGAUGCCAGAAAGACAGUUGAGCUCUUAGAAGACAAGUUAAAUUCAUUAAUGGCAAUGGAGUUUCCACCGUGCUCAAAGGAGGAAGCAAGUUAAAUGAUAACACCGUAAUACCGAGUUCGUGUUAAGCGAGGGCGCUAUGUGUACUACCAGUAAUGGUCAUCUGAGAAUGUAUAUUUAAUAAACAGAAAAAUAGAGCAUGCAAAAAUCUAAAGUGAACUGCAGAUCCAUGGCAGGCCCAGGCACAAAUCCUUACAAUUUUAUAUGUGUGUCUGCUCGAGUUUAAAGGAAUAUAUCCCCAAUAAAGUGAAUUUUUCCUCUGUGUUUUGCUUACCAAAAAGAGACUCUGAGCAAAUCGAACGUGACAAUGAUUUCGAUAACAGAUAAAUGUGGAAAACAAGAACUACUUGAAAUUGUUUGCCUUCCUCUAAAUUAGAAAAUUUCGCCGAAAGACCAUAUAAACAAGCACUGAAAAGAAAAGGGCAACUUUUACCGACCAGAACGUGCCUUGAAAAUAGAAAAAUAAAAAUAUAUAAAAAAAGAGAGAGAGAGAUUGAGCUACACGUUUCACGAGUUCCGAGAAACAAAACAAAAAAUAUACAAAAAGAGUUAUAAUUUUUGUGAAUGAAUUCCAAGUUUGGUUGGGCAUUCAGUUUAGUUGUUCGUGGAAAUCACAGCCCGAUAUUAUAGCUUAAUAUGAAUGAAGCAGAAAGAUGUAAGCAGGGCCCUAUAACUUGUUUAGAAUUUAUAGCUUCCGCUGCAGGCCCAAAAACCACAAGAAGAAAUAUUUGUUUGUAAAGGAAAAUAUUUGAAAGGCAGCAACAAAAUGCUCGCAUAUGUCAACCGCAAAUAGAAGAGUCUAGAAAAAAAAAAACACAAAUAAAUGUAUGAAUGAAUGAAUGAAUGAGUAGAUGAGACGACAGAUUGAAUGAUGGUUUAAUGGGGUGGAGGAUGAUAGGCUACGAGUACUCGUAUUUAUCGUUGGAAGAAGCUGCUCGUUUUCGGUCAAAAUAAACAAUGACAACAGAUUCCCACACAAAAGUACUUAAAUGCAGGAAUAACAAGAAGGCAGCAGCAGCAGCAGCAGCAACAGCAGCAGCAGCAUGUGUUUUAUCCAAACACAGGGGGGCAAGAGUAUUCGUAUUCUCUGCGGUUUCUCACUCGUUUUUCUGGGUGGUUUAAGGGAUGUUGGCAGCAGGCAGGCACCCAGUUUUAGUGUGUUUUUUUAGGAUGAGGCACGGACAGUACUUCGUAAUGAAAACAUAACAAAAAUUGGAAACUCAAAAUAAAUAGAAAACGAAAACAAUAAUAUACAAAAACUAAGGAUAGUUCCAAGGACCGAUGGCUGGGGAUGCACUUUUUAUCUGCUACGAUGGUUGCUGCCUUUUGCAGCACAAUCAACCAAUAAUUAUAAUACCCUCUGUAAGUGUAUAGAAAAUAAUGCCUUUUUGGUUGGUCGAACCGGUUCCGUGUUUCCGGGCCAACAGACAGCCAAUUAAAUGCUUAUAAAGAUUCGAUUUAUGUGCGACAGUUGACAUGUGUGAGCCGCUGAUGAAAAGGUUCACAAAUCUGCACAGACAGUCAGCAAGCGAGCAACCCCCUGGCACAGCAUACACAAAAAAGUUCUUAUGCAAACACAAUCUUUAUCCUACAGUUAGCUGCUCAUGUAUGUAUGUAUCUCUGAGUAGGAUCAAUAUAAUGCCCAACAAAUGCAAAACACAAAUCCGGGACUUAAAACGGCUAAGCAAGUACCCCACACAGAACAAAAAAAAAAAAAACACAAACAAACAUGGGAAUGCCAAAAACCUGCCAAUCAUCGCCUUUUGUGUGUGGAACGCAACUGUCAACGAUUUUAUUUAAAUGCCUUGCCUUCAACCUUCUUCAAUUGUAUUUUCAUCUUUUCUUAUGGCUUUUCUUUUUCUUUUAUUUAUUUUUUGGUCACUUAAGCUGGGUGGGCGGGCGUAAAUUUAUACGUAGAAAAAUCAUGAUAUGUGGCAGGGCCACAAGGAUUAUCCCUUGUCGAAAUACUGUAGUGGGUGAAAUAUAUUGGAGAAUGAUUU